CUUAUCCAACCAGCUUCCACCCAUUCAAAUCCCAAAAACUUCCUCAACUUCCAUAACAUUACCGGCUAGAACAACUGAAAGAGAAGAAAAAGAAAAAAGAAAAUACUAUGGCUUCAACUUCUCUACUACCCAAAAUCACUCCUUUUUUAACAAACCCAUCUUCAUUAUCUUCAACUCACUUCACCAAGCCAUCAUUCUUGAACCCAUUAUCACCUGACCACCACUCUGCAUGCGCUAAAAAACCAACCACUACUACUGUGUUACAUGCAAACAAAAAGAACCCAUGGCUUGACCCUUUUGAUGACGGAGAAGACCCUGAAAUGGAAUAUGGUUCAUUGUUUGCGGAUGGUAAGCAAGAGGAAGAUCCUAGACCACCUGAUAAUCCUAAUAAUCCUUAUGGGUUCCUCAAGUUCCCAAAGGGUUACUCUGUGGAGAUUGCUUCUUUGCCUUUGAAAAUUAGAGGCGAUGUCAGGAGGUGUUGCUGUGUGAUUUCUGGUGGUGUUUAUGAGAACUUGCUUUUCUUUCCUGCCAUUCAGUUGAUCAAGGACAGGUACCCUGGUGUUCAAAUUGAUGUGUUGGCAUCACCAAGAGGGAAGCAGACUUAUGAGUUGAAUAAGAAUGUUAGAUGGGCUAACGAUUAUGACCCUGAUGAUGAUUGGCCUGAGCCAGCGGAAUAUGUUGACAUGCUUGGAAUUCUUAAGAAUAGGUACUAUGACAUGGUGUUGUCAACCAAAUUGGCAGGUCUUGGACAUGCAUCAUUCUUGUUCAUGACAUCGGCUCGUGACAGAGUUAGCUACAUUCACCCGAAUGUAAAUGCAGCAGGAGCAGGAUUACUUCUAUCAGAAACAUUCACUCCUGAUAUUACAAAUCUUGCAGAAGGUGGAUAUCACAUGUAUCAUCAGAUGCUUGAUUGGUUAGGAAGACCUUUUCGAAGUGUGCCUAGGCAUACAGUGCCUCCAUUAAGAGUGUCGAUUUCAAGGAAGCUGAAAGAAUUUGUAGAGGCAAAAUAUAGAGCUGCAGGUGCAGAGAAGGGGAAAUAUAUUGUGAUUCAUGGGAUAGAAUCAGAUUCAAAGGCCUCAAUGCAGUCCAGGGGAGAUACUGAUAGCUUGUUGCCUCUCCAAGUAUGGGCGGAAAUAGCGAAGGAUAUAAGGGCAUUUAAGCCAGUUUUCGUCAUUCCACAUGAGAAAGAAAGAGAAAACGUGGAAGAAAUAGUUGGAGAUGACACCAGUAUUGUCAUGAUUACUACUCCUGGACAGCUGGCUGCUCUGAUCAAUGACUCGGCUGGUGUAAUAGCUACAAAUACAGCAGCAAUCCAACUUGCAAAUGCAAGAGAGAAACCUAGCAUUGCCCUCUUUGGAUCUAUAGAGAAAGGUAGACUGUUUAUUCCUAAUGCAGAGGAGAAGAAAUGCAGUAUUGUCUCAUCUAAGACUGGAAAACUGAAAGACAUUGAUGUUGGAGACGUAAAACAGGCAAUGCAUAUUUUAGAUUUGUCCCUAGCUCUGGCAUAGAAGAAAAACUUUCAGAAUUACGGUUUCUGAUUUCAUUUCUUUUUUCCUCUUUUUUUUUUUUUUUUUUUUUUUUUUUUUCCAAUUUCAUUUCUUUCUUCUUCUCUUCCAAUGUUCAGUUUCCAUACUUACAUGGAAGUCCAAUAAUCAAUUUGUAAAAUAUAGUUCACGGAAUAAGGCAAAUGAAUAUUAAUGGUCAAGUUAACCAA